GAAGAAGACACACGCUCUCUGCAACAAGGUAGACUGGACUUUGUGCAAAGGAUGUAAUGAAGAACCGUUCAGAAAGGAUUGCACGGCUGUAGAGUGUAUUUUACAAGUCGUCUUUUAUUUGUCACAUCCAAGGAUUGCGGGAUUUUGGAGUAAACAUGGCGGCUACGGAAACUGGCGACGGACACCAACUGGCCACCAAUCAAGUCUCGUCUGUCCAAGUCGCUGGCGCGGUAACGGAGGGGACGGACGGAGAGUCCAUGGAAGCUGUUUCAGAGCCAGGAUCAUCAGGGGAUGUUGGAGACCCAAUUCUUGUUAGCGGGGCUUCUCCUAGACUCUCUGAAAAUGGAGGGGAGAAUAACUUUGUUGCUGAAAAAGAUGGUGAAAGUCAAGAAACGGAGGCAGCUGUGGUCCCUAGUCCUGUAUCUGCAUCCCCUCUAAAUCUAUCCCCGUCACAGAUGUCUUUGUCGACAGAAGAGACAGUCAGCACAGUUUUGGUUCAAGGUGGUGAGACAGGUAGCACCUCAGAGUCUGAAAAAGAGUGUACUGAGGUAAAAACUGAGGAAGAGUUUGAGGUAAAAGAAGAAAAUGUGGGAGUAAAGGACAACAGCGUAGAGGAAAGUCCCACAGGACCUGAUGUCAGUGAGAACUCAAACAUGGAUGAGACUUCUGAUUGCAAGAAUGAGAUAAACACAGAUGAAAAGAUGGACCCAGACAUUGAUGCUAAGGAGGACAUUGACGUUGAACGGGAGUCUCUUGGCUGUAAAUUGAGGGUUUCUACAGCGGACGACCUCGAUGAGAUGAUGGACAUUGGGACAGUGGAUCAGGUGGAACAGGAAGCUCAGAUGAAAGAGGAGGAGGAGCAGAAUAGUUUGAUGGAAGAGGACAGCAGCCCGUCACCUGUCAUUUCAAAUACAGCCUCAGAGGCAGAGCACAGUAACUCUGUUAAGGAGGAAACUGAUGUGAAACCCACUGUGUCACCACCACCCGCAGAGGAGGACGUCAAAGUGGCUGUAGAGUCGAUGCAGUCCAGCUCGUCUCCAUCGUCUGAAGCCACGACCAGUGCAGGAAGGAACAGCUCAUCUCCUGCCACCAUGAUGAACGGGUUGAAAGUAGUUAAGCUAUCGGACAAUAAAAGCUUACAUUCUGCCAAUCAGCCUGUCAAGUCAUCUCCUUCACCACCUUUGGUCAAGGUGAAGGAUGAACCUGUAGACGAAGAGUACGAGCAUGCUCUAAUAUCCUCGACAUCUACAGCUAGCGUGAAAGAUGAGCCCAACACUGCAAAGGAGGACUUAAGGAUCGGCUCGGUCUUCUCUGUGACCCCAGCUGCUGAAACACUGCCCGUCGUCAGCCCCUCGGCGUUGCACAUGUCCUGUUCCAAUUGCAAGAAGAGCCUGAUGAAAGGACAGACAGCGUUCCAGAGGAAGGGCUCCCCAGCACUCUUCUGCUCCACUGCCUGCCUCACCACAUCUCUCACUACAGUCAAAGGAGUCACAAAGACCUGCCACAACUGCCAAAAGUUGAUAUUCCGGCCUCAGGACGUCAUUCUGGCUCCAGAUGCUAAAGGAGCCAUGAAGGAAUUCUGCAGCCAGACCUGCCUGACCUCUUUCAACUACAAAAAAAACAUCAAUGUCAAAAAACCACCGCAACCAAUAGCACCACAGUCACUCUGCAGCAUGUGUACCAGAUACUGCAUUAGCAAACAUGAGGUGGUCCUGAGCGGUGCUGUCCACAAGAUCUGCAGUGACGCCUGCUUUAACCGUUUCCGCACAGUGAACAACCUGUCCUUGGCCGGCUGCGUGAACUGCGGCUCCUACUGCCACAGCAAACCGCUCAUGCUGAAGGUGGAAGACGGCAACAAAACUCUGUGCAAUGCAGAGUGUCUGGCCAAGUACAAAGAGAAAACCAAGACAACCGUGCCUUGUCUGAUGUGUCGCACUACCCGGUUGCUGGCAGAAAUGGUUGAAAUCAAAAACAGCGAUGAUUCUGUGAACCUCUUCUGUAGCAGCAGUUGUGUGAUGGCAUUCAAGGUCCAGACUGUCAGUGCGUCAGGUACACGUUUGAAUUGUGAUAAUUGUGGGAAAAACACCGUACCGGCCUACCACCUGGCCAUGUCUGAUACCUCCAUCAGGAACUUCUGCACUCUACCUUGUGUCAUGGCUUUUCAGGACAAGUUCAAGAAGUCCCAGAAACAGGUGAAUGUUUUUACCAAGUUGCCAGCUGGAUCUGAGGUUCAGGCUGUUACUCCUACCCAACCUCAGCAAGACGCACCCAAAGGACCCCAGAAACUAAACUGCUCCCAGUGUGCCCGCAGCAUAACUUUUAAACCCGAGCUCAUCCAGAUCAAGGACAAGGUUGUUUUCGUGUGUAACAUGGACUGUGCCCAGGAGUUCAAGAAAGCCAACUUUGUGACAAGCCUGUGUGAAUACUGUAAGAUUGAAAAGAUCACCAGAGACGCCAAGAGAAUCAACAACAAAGACUGUUUCUUCUGCAGCGACGGCUGUAAGCUCCUCUUUCGACAUGACCUGACUAAAAACUGGGGGAGACACUGUCACUCCUGCGUCUACUGCCAUUGUGUGUCCAAGAAGCUGGUGACAGCACAGUAUGGAGGCUCGACUGAGGAGUUCUGCUCUGAGGAGUGCAGGUCCAAAUACACCAUGCUCUUCUGCCAUGUUGCAAAGUGUGACACCUGCGGCCGCAAAGGGAAACUGAAGCAGAGUCUUCCCAUGCUGGGAGAGGUCAAACACUUCUGUGACCUGCUUUGUCUGCUUCAGUUCUGCUGCGAUAAAGUGGCUUCGCAGGGCGAGGUUCUCAGAGAAACAGGGGAGCCCACACCUGUCAUCGCCAAUGUCAUCUCGCUUGCAGGCACUCCAACAGGGAAAUCCAAUGCUUCUGACAUAUCUGCCCAGCAAAGCACAGUCUCUGUCUUUCAAUCAAAGAAGACUGGACAUAUCAGUAUUCAGACAGAUCCAGUGAAAACUUAUCCUCCUCCUGGCCCCAAAAUCCUGAAGAACAAGGCUCUGCUCUGUAGACCGCUGGUGCAGAACAAAGGGGUCUCCUGUAAAACACAGACAGCCGAUGUUGAAGCACAGACAGAUGAUGCUUUCCCUAAAAUCAUGGUUGUGCCUAUCCCAGUGCCGGUAUAUGUUCCUGUACCCAUGAACAUGUACAGCCAGUGUACACCCAGACCUGUGGGCCUGCCAGUACCGAUGCCUGUGCCCAUGUUCCUUCCUGUGACAAUGGACAGCGCUGAACGCAUCGUAGAAACCAUCCAGGAGAUCAAAGAGAAGAUACCGUCCGACCCCUUCGAGGCGGAGCUCAUCCUCAUGGCUGAGAUGGUUGCAGAAGAAGAGGAGAAGAAUGACAAACAGAAGAGAACAAAGGAGAAAGUGGUGGAGAAAGAGAGACAAGAAGCACCUGCAACAUUUGACCACGCCAGUAACUACAGUGACGACUUGGACACGGACGACUUGGCCAGUUUCCUCAACAACUGGGAGGAAGCAUCUUCCGACACAGGUCUCAGGUCUCCCAGUCAACCGUUCGCCCCCGAGAAGCUCAACCCGAUUCUAGACAUUCCUGUGGGCAUGUCCAGUGAGCCUUACGCCGAGCCCCCACCUCUAGCACCCCCUGCCAUGGACAUCGAAGCUGACUUCACUGUUGAAACUCUGGAGAAUAUGGCUCGGCUCAGAGAGCAUUCCCAGAGAUCCCCAAGCCCUCCGCCUGCUGUUCCACGACGACGACAAGCUCACAGGAAAGCCAGAGAAAAGAAGGGUCGUAAGUCACAACGAACAUCUAAGGCAGCUGAAGCGUCGUCUCAAAGAGCUCCUUUCAACAAGGUCGUGCCUUUAGACGUGCCAAAACUGAAGAGUCAGUACGGCGUUGAUGCCUGGAAGCGAUGGAUCCAGUGGAGGCAAACUCAACCCAACCUGGAGAAACCACGCUUUGGUUCCCGUCCCAUGGAGUUGAAGGAGGACGUUCUUCGCUCUACUACUGCUGAGCUGAGCUAUGGCCUCUGUUGCUUUAUCACUGAGGUGAAACGACCGAAUGGAGAGCCCUACUCCCCCGACAGCCUGUUCUACCUCUGCCUCGGCAUUCAACAGUACCUGUUUGAGAACGGUCGUGUGGAGAACAUAUUCAUGGAUCGGUUCUACAACAAGUUCUCCACUGAGUUCACUAAUAUGCUGAGAGUUUUCAAGCCCUCAGUCACAUCAAGUGGUUAUAUCCAUUCAAGGGUGGAGGAGGAGUUCCUGUGGGACUGUAAACAGUUGGGAGCGUACUCUCCCAUUGUCCUCCUCAACACUCUGCUCUUCUUCUGUUGCAAGUACUUUGGCUUCACCACGGUGGAGCAGCACCGCCAGCUGUCCUUCGCCCAUGUCAUGCGCUGCACCAAAACCAACCAGAACAACACCAAGACCACCUUCCUGCGCUUCUACCCCCCGAUAUCCAUAAAUGAGGCAGAGCCAGAUCCAGAGGUUCCGGCAAAGAAGCGUAAGGAGGAGGAGAGUAAAGACGAUGUUCUGGAGAUGAUGGAGAACACGGAGAACCCUCUCCGCUGUCCAGUCAGACUCUACGAGUUCUACCUCUCCAAGUGCUCGGAGUCGGUCAAGCAGCGCACCAACCUGUUCUACCUUCACCCCGAGCGCUGCUGCGUCCCCAACAGCCCCUUGUGGUUCUCCUCCACCCCUCUGGAUGAUAGCACCAUGGAAGCCAUGCUCAUCCGCAUCCUCACCGUCAGAGAGCUGCAUCUAAAGACGAGGAAAGACGGAGGGACGGAGAAGCAGACUUCCAGUGACCCGCCAUUUAUACCUGACGAGGAGGACAAUGGGGAUUCAGAGUGAUGAAAUGAGCUUUAUUGGUGCAACAUCAGCUUGUGGUGUAAAUGUUUGUAAAUAAACUGAAAUGUUCAUUCAAAACAUAGCCCAAUAAACAUCAAUGGACGGAAUAAAUCUCACAUACAUAAAUACAGUGUGCUUGAACUGCCAAGAAAGUCAUACUUCCUAAACUACACGUUGAUCAGGAUUUAGAGAUCUUCAAAUGCAGUGUUUGUGUAGGUGAGAUGCAAGACUCAGCUCAGCAUUCGGACUUUUUACUUCUCCUCAGCAGGACACGUAGCUGUCCUUUGGUGUUUUAUCCAGUGAAUGGUUGCUUAUCAUGGCUACUUUUUUCCUUCCACGUGUUAUGAUUCGUUAAAUUCCUGUGAAAGUUUUUUCGGGGUUAUUUUGUUCUUGUUUGAGCUAUAAUGGGGAACAUUUUUUUAUUUCUGUUGGUGUCGGUGAGCAAAUGUCCACCCCAGAAGACAAACGGAAACUGGGCUUUUUGUAAUGUAGGUGUUCACUGGCAAAUUAACAGUUUAGUUUCAUCAAUGCCAUAAUUUGGAUUCAGUUUGUCAGUGAAAGAGCCAAUGCUUAUUUCCAGACCCAAUAUUUUUACAGAUUUUAAUACCCUUUUAAUACACUGUGGAUUUUUCCUCCAUUUCUGUGGGUAGAAUUGCUUCUCCAAGUCACGGUAAAAUGUACAAGAUCAAUUUACGCACAAAAACUUUCUUCAACACACAUUGUGUGUUGUGCUCAACAGAUUUAAUCAAUGCCAUGAUUUGGAUUCAGUUUGUCAGUGAAAAAGCCCACGUUUAUUUCCAGACCCAAUACCUUUGCUGUUUUUAAUACGCUGUGGAUGUUUCCUUUAUAUCUAUAGCUGGUAGAAUUGCUGUUUGAGAGGCUUCUCCAACAAACCAAAAUCUACAAGAUCAAUUCGCACAAAAAACCUUGCUUCAACACACACUGCUCAACAGAUAAUUUUACCUUUAAAGGUCUAGUCCCUUCUCUGAACACACUGAAUUGAGCAAAAGAAUUUGAGGAUUGAGGAUUUUAGACAUGCUAUUUCAUCCAAAGCGUCUUCUGAGACUUUGAGUGUUUUGCAUAACCACCAGGUAUUGUAUAAAAAAAAGAAAGUUAAAUACUGUCCCUUCAUGUAUGUCUUGGUUAUAUUAACCCCAGUCCUUUAGAGUAUGGAUGCCAAGGUUGUGAGUAUUUUCUAUUGUAUGUUCUUUAUGAAUAAAAGCAUUUAAAAACA